AUGAAAAACAUAUUAUUUAAUAAAGAGAAAUCAAAAAAAAAACAACCUGCCGAAUUAAAAGGCACUCCUCGCUAUGAAAAUAUAAGACCUCCCUUACCGUCCCCUGGUAAUUCCUUUAGCAACAAUUAUAAUCCAGCCCAACAAAAUCAUCAACACCCAUUUUAUCCUGAUCAUUAUUCUUCGCAACCACAUACUCAACCGUCUUCAAUAACGACUCAUGAGAAUUACAGUAAUCCUCAUUCGAGAAAUUCCUCAGUAGAUUAUACUCCUUCACUUAGUCAUUCCAUUUUUAGUGAAACUUCGGGGUCAGCACGGAGUAUUGAUUCUGCUAGAACAUCUGCUGCUUUUUUGCCGGCUGAUAUACCGUUUAUAAGCGGAUAUCACAGAAAUGAUAAAAGCGAACCUCAUAGGCCUUCUGAUGAAGAGGUUGAACGUUUGUUCUUGCAAAUGAUGAGAAAAUUAGAUUUAGGAAAUCUCUCUGAGGCAAUGCUGGCCAUGCCAAUCGAAAAUAAAUGGACGUUGAUAAAAAAUAAUAUGAUAACAGAGAAAACAAAUUCUACUAAUCCGAAUUUCAAUCCAGUUAUAAACUCUGUUAAUCCAACUACUCCAGAAUAUUAUCUUAAAAAAAUAAUGGACGGUACUAUAACUAUUAAACUCAUGAACUCACUCAGUGUUUCUCUAAGAACAUCGCCCAUAACGUGGGUUCGGUCUUUCAUUGACGCCAAAGGUCUGGAGGUUCUUGCCAAUUACCUUAGCAGUAUUACAAAAAAACAUGCAAAGCUGGAAAAUGAUUUACAAAUGGAACACGAAAUUAUUAAAUGUUUAAAAUCACUGUUAAACAACAGAUGGGGUGCUCAAGAAGCUCUGACGCAUCCAUCAUGCAUUCAUAGUAUCACAUUUUCACUUGUUUCCCCUCAAUUAAGCACCCGCAAGCUUGUGGCCGAAGUUCUUUCUUUCUUUUGCUAUUGUGAAAUUCCUACUGGUCACACUGUUGUAUUAGAAGGAUUUGAUCAGCAUCAGCGAUUUCUUAAUGAGCAUGGAAGAUUUGACGCAUGGAUGAGAGUACUGGAAAAUACGAUUGAUGGGCGUGGACGAUAUGGAAGUUUGGUAGAUGCAAGCGAUGAAUUUAAAAAAGGGGGUGUGGGAAUGGAUAAUUCGUUGAUGGAAUAUGUGUUAGCGAAUAUGAUUUUAGUAAAUUCAAUAAUUGGUGUAUGUGAUGACGUUGAAAUUCGAGUACAUUUGAGAAACCAGCUACACGCAUGUGGGUUAACGCGUAUAAUUGAGAAAAUGAAAGCAUUUAAUCAUGAGCUUAUUAAUCGUCAAAUAAACAAGUUUGAACGUGAGAGUGAAUUGGAUUAUGAAGAAGUCUUGGAUUAUUAUAAUCAUCGAAUUUUACAGGACAUGACAUAUCCUUUAUUAUCUAUUAUUCUUGUUGUGCAAGGGACACGUGCAUAUGAUUUUUUCCUGUCGGCCAUGCAACAUUUGUUACUUAUUCGUGAUGUUGGUGAAGCUAGGACGAAAUAUUUCCAGCUUAUUGAUUCCUUGAUCACUCAGGUUGUUCUUGAUCGUCAUGGGCUUGACCAAGAUUGGAGUCAGUCUGUGGGUCUCACCGUUUCACAGGUCCUUGCUAAAAUGGCUGAUCAAGAUAAACUUAACGAUGCCCUUGAAGAAGCAGAGAAAGCUAAUGCUGCGUUAGCAAAAGCUUUACGUGAUAAAGAAGAGUUAAUGUUAAAACAGGAAAUGUCUUCUGACUCAG